ACAACAUGUCGCCCGUUUGACCCCAGCUUUUUUCUGAUCACUUGUAGCUUCACUUCUGUCUGGAUUUUGCCUCACAUCAUUUUGUCCGAGUAUUCACCUUCACAAUGGAUGGUGACCCAGAUACCCCGGCGUCGGGGUCACCCUUGUCUGAUAUCGAUUCAGACGAGUUCCCCGAGGAUGUCAAAUUUCAGCCGCGAUCGCACUCCCAUUCACGAGGAUCGACUCUUUCUGGCUCAGACGACGAUAUCGCGUCUCCCAUGAGUACCGCGGCCAGAGCUCCCGGCAUGCCUCCUGCCAAACGCCGCAAGACCGGCGCAUCAAGCUACGACCAUGCCACUCCUCAAUCAGGCUCGACCGUUAUUCCUCCUCGAUCGCCCACAGGGUCAAUUAGUAGCGACACUUCCGGAUCCGUGCCUACAUCACCUUCAUUCGCCCACCUCGGCCCGACACACCCCCUCUCUACUGCCUACGCGGCUGCUCAGGCCAACCCUGAAAACCCCGAGCUGGCGGACUACGUCCAGGUGACGAAAUGCCUAUGGGAGGGUUGUACAGAUCCAGAACAAGGCAACAUGGACAAGCUGGUGGCGCAUAUUAACGACGUGCAUAUCGUGCCACGUCAGAAAAAGUACUACUGUGAGUGGGAUGGUUGCGCUAGGAAGGGCCAGCCUCACACCAGUGCCUACGCGUUGAAAGCACACAUGCGCAGUCACACCAAGGAGAAGCCUUUCAUGUGUUCGUUGCCCGAAUGCGACCGAAGCUUUACAAGAUCCGACGCACUGGCAAAGCAUAUGAGGACGGUUCAUGAGACAGAGGCGCUCCGCCCUAGUGACCCUGUGCCACGAGGUCAUACGGGAGGAAUUUCCAACGGAGGAGUAUCAGCUGGUGGGAUCAAAAGACUAAAGCUCACCAUCGGUGGAAAGCAAAAUGGCGACAAGAAAGCUUCGUUGGUGGGAGAACUCCCACCGCUGCCGACGAGUUAUACGGUGGCCGCUAUGGGUCUGAAUCCCGAGGACGUGGAGAUGGCGGACGGAGAGGGGUCUGAAGAACUGGCGGACGCAGUUGAUGUGGACAGUGUACCAAUGACUCUGCCCCUGAACCCAGAGUACUACCCGACGGACAUCUGGAGCGACAUGGACGAGUACGAACGGAAUCUGCCUCCUUCACAGUACUUCCGGCUUCUGCGCCGACAAAUCCACUGGGCCGAGCAGGAAGGACGCGAUUUACAGAGAGAUCUUGAAGAUUUAUGGUCCACCGUGGAGGAUGCUAGAGGCGACUUGGUCAAAAGGGGAGGUGGUGAUGAGAAGGUUGCUGACGACCAUCGUAGAGCAGAAUGGCAGCAGACGGAGGAGAUACUGGAUGGUGUCUUGCGCGCGGAGACCAGUCAUGUAUUCGAGAUGUUUACUGGAGAGAAACCUGGGGAUAGUCAACAGAACCCGUGGGAGAUGAUCAAGGCUCUGGAAGGUGUGACACAAGUAUCUUCAGCGUGAGGAAGGUUCAUAUAGGUAUCCCAAUCUGAGAAUAUCUUCAGCUCACUGAGU